ACUGAUGAUUCUAAGAACUGAAAUUUUAUAUUGACCUAGACCACAACUGUGUGUUCAUGCAAAUGUCAUUGCAGUUGUUCCUUAAGUUGCAGGUGAACAUAAUUAGCUUCUCUAAUUGAGAUAUACUUGAGUUCUCUAGCAUGGGAGAAAAGUAUAAUUCGCUUUGGAAGAAAAAAAGAUGCUCUAAUCUGUAAAACUUCAGAAUGUGCAUCUUCAUUCUUGUGCAUACAAUAGCCAGCAAGUAAUGAUUUCUAUACAUAUUUUGGAACAUUAUUAUCCAUACGUAUGAUCUCAGCUUGCAAAUUUGAUAUGCAUUCUAUGUCUCUUAUUUCUGGGUAGUAAAUUUGUGCCUUGCUGUCUAGUGAAGGUUGCCAGAUUUGAUAAAGAUUACAGUUUCAGCAGCAAAUCAGAGAAUGGAAAUAGAACUUCUGAAUAUGAUGGGCUACCAUCUUCUGGAGUCUUUAACUCUACUUCUUCCAGCAGUCUAGUUAGUGGAAUGAUGGAUGAAACAGUUGGGACUGAUAAUGGGAAGGAUGCCGCUCCUUAUGAUUUGCAUUUAUUGACAGAACCAUAUGGCAUCCCCUGCAUGGUUGAGAUAUUUCACUUCCUCUGUUCAUUGUUGAAUGUUGUUGAACAUGUAGGAAUGGGCCCCAGAGCAAAUACUAUCUCAUUUGAUGAAGAUGUGCCGCUUUUUGCCUUAGGUUUGAUCAAUUCAGCUAUUCAACUGGGUGGCCCUGCCAUUUGCAAUCAUCCUAGACUGCUGAGUUUGGUACAAGAUGAACUAUUCCGAAAUUUAAUGCAAUUUGGCCUUUCAAUGAGUCCACUGAUCCUUUCAAUGGUCUGUAGCAUUGUUCUCAACCUAUAUCUGCAUUUAAGAACCAAGCUGAAGCUUCAGCUUGAAGCUUUCUUUUCCUGUGUGAUAUUGAGGCUUGCACAAAGUCGCUAUGGAGCUUCAUACCCACAGCAGGAGGUCACAAUGGAAGCUCUUGUUGAUUUCUGUAGACAGAAAACCUUCAUGGCAGAGAUGUUUGCGAAUUUAGAUUGUGAUAUAACCUGCAGUAACGUGUUUGAAGAUCUUGCCAAUUUAUUGUCUAAGAGUGCAUUUCCAGUAAACUGCCCUUUGUCUUCUAUGCACAUUCUUGCUUUGGAUGGUCUGAUAGCUGUUAUUCAAGGAAUGGCUGAGAGGAUAGGCAAUGGAUCAACUAAUUCAGAACUACCUCCAGUAAAUCUUGAGGAGUAUACUCCAUUUUGGAUGGUAAAAUGUGAGAACUAUGGUGAUCCUGAUCACUGGGUUCCUUUUGUUCGCAAAAGGAAGUAUAUAAAAAGAAGGUUGAUGAUUGGUGCUGAUCACUUUAAUCGAGACCCUAAAAAGGGGCUUGAAUUUCUUCAAGGAACGCACCUGUUACCUGAGAAGCUUGAUCCCCAAAGUGUGGCUUGCUUUUUCAGGUAUACUGCUGGAUUAGAUAAAAAUCUUGUUGGAGAUUUUCUUGGAAAUCAUGAUGAAUUUUGCGUCCAAGUUCUACAUGAAUUUGCUGGAACAUUUGAUUUCCAGGAUAUGAACCUGGAUACUGCAUUGAGGCUCUUUUUGGAGACUUUUCGACUGCCUGGAGAAUCUCAAAAGAUACAAAGAGUGCUCGAGGCUUUCGCAGAGAGAUAUUAUGAGCAAUCACCGCAAAUUUUAGCUAAUAAAGAUGUUGCUUUUGUGUUGUCCUAUUCGCUGAUAAUGCUUAACACCGACCAGCAUAAUGCACAGGUGAAGAAAAAGAUGACCGAAGAGGAUUUCAUCCGCAAUAAUAGGGACAUAAAUGGAGGUAAUGAUCUCCCUCGUGAGUUCCUGUCAGAGNUGCCACUAUCAAACUAUAUGCAGACAUAUUUCCAUUCUUCAUACUGUGGAAAAUUCUUGUUUUUCCUUUUAUCAUGUCAACUCUUAAUCCUAAUUCGUGCAUCUUUAUCAGUUUCUUUUGUAGACCGCUAG